CCGAGUUAGAGAAAUGCUUUGAGUAAUGCCGAUUGAAGAUAAUUAUAUGCCAAAUACAGGUAGAAUUUGGCAACCUUCCGAGGCACACACAGACAGAGACUCCGUUCGCUCUCGUACGAAUUACCGAGUUUAUUUGUUUUCCGACACCCUUAUAUCCCACUGCUGACCGUCGUUGCCUGUCUCUUUGUAAUUCUUGAUUCCGGGGCCUCGACUUGUUCAUAUCUCUUUCGCCGGACUGCUUUCGCUGUUGAGCAAACCCUAGUGAUGCCAAUUCAACAACCAUCGCCCCCUAUAGAACCGGAUGGUAAUGCUCGAAAACGCGUGUGUAAAGCUUGUGACAGGUGCCGAUUGAAGAAAUCAAAAUGCGACGGCGCAAGUCCAUGUAGCCGCUGCCAGACAGAUAAUGCCAUUUGUGUAUUCGGCGAGCGGAGAAAAUCUCACGACAAGGUUUAUCCAAAAGGUUAUGUCGAGAUGCUGGAACGCCAACAGGCCCAGCUUGUAGCUGGGCUUCAAGAGCUCUAUAAGCGCAGUCUCAGUGGUCAAGGCUGGUCGGGUGCUCCGUUGCGAGAAUCAACCAACGGUCAUCCUCUUACGCACGAUAUCCUCGAGCGGCUUGGAGCACUGAAACCAAACUCAAAGGACUUUGAGGAAGAAUUUGAAGAGGAUCUGCUUCUCCUGCAACGGCGACUUUUGGAGAACGGCGCUGGGCUGGAUUUGCGAAGAAAUUCCUCGGUCUCAGAGUCGGACAAUUGUAGCUCGCCUUUUGCAGACAUGAUGUCCCCGGAAGCUGCUCUGCCCACUCCGUUCUCGACCACGUUCACCCCUCAACAACCUCUGCCUACGCCUCCGAACGAUAGUCCUUUGAGUUCAGCAUCCCGACCACGAUCCCUGCCAAAACGACCAAUGGAGUCUGAGAGUCCAAAUCCAAUGAAGAUACGGCUGGAGUCGGGACCAGCACCCGGGCCAGCUUGGUUGCCAUCGUCGACCGCAAUGACUGAGGACAAUAUGGAUUUCAUUCGAAGAUACGACAACAACACGGCAAUACUUCCAUCGACAACCCAGCUUGAUCAGCAUGUUGCGCCCACAAUGGUUUCUAAUCCUUGUCUGACGAUGCUUGAUUGGAAUGAUGAUGAGGAAUUCAGGGCCUUUUUAAAUCCAAGCAUAGUCUGAUGAUGCGUCUUUGGAUGGGUUAUUUGUCACGAAUUUCCUUGCAUACGGUCCAGAAUUUGACGUGCCUGACUGGUUGCAAAUUUGCGACCGGAUUUGCUCAUCGGUAGCACCUGACAAUGGCGUGGGUCUUACAGUUCGGUUCAGAUGGCGUUUGGUGUAUCCUUUGAAGCUAGAAGGUCCAUUGGUGUUUCAUUCGAGCUACGAAGGUAUAUGCGGAUUUUUUCUCAUCUCGGCGAGAAACCAGAACGACGCUAAUUAAUUGUGCAUCUCUCUUGAAUUGAGACGAGGAGCAACUUCGGGACACAUAAGCUCUUGAGAGAAGUUAUAUCAUCCGCUUUUAGAUGGGUAAUCUAGAAAGUUACGCUAGUCUAUCAUUUGUUUUAAUUGAUCUCGAGGUUUAUCCCUUUCCCAUAAUGACUUUUUU